AGUCACUCCAGCCUGAAUUACUGCAACUUCUCUCUAACUUAGGAAAAGUUGCGCAGUCUGCUCAGUGCUUUGCAAAGCGCUUCAGUCCCCUCACAACCAACCACCCAGCUCUUCCACUUCUCCUCCCCUGCUUCGCUUUAUCAUGCAUUACAGCCAUGUUCCCCAUCUGCUCUUCUCUCUGCUCUGCAUCGGACUGACUGCCCAGUCUGAGCUGGAGACGGAUGAAGUGGUUCCCAGGCUGCUGUCUGCGCAGGAGGCGCACCUGUCCUCUGACCAUACUGUCCGCACGCUGCGCCACCGGGGUCAGCGCUCCCUGGACGCCCCUGGGGCAGGACCCUCUGACCCCGAUCAUAUAAUUCUGUCACUGCCCGCUUUUGGAAGGGACCUGUAUUUAAGUCUGACGCGGGACAGCAAGUUUCUGUCGGGGGACUUCGUGGUGGAGGAGAGGCGCAGGGACCAGAGCGCAGCGGCGAGCCGCUUAUCCACGAACCGGCUCUGCUUCUACUCCGGCUCCAUCGUCAACCACACCGAUUCUCUGGCAUCUGUGAACACCUGCGGCGGCCUGACUGGGCUUAUUCAGAUCGGGGAGGACAGCCUGUUCAUUCAGCCGGUGGAUGAAAAUGACCCAUCACAGUCCUUCUCCGGACGCAAACACCGGCUUUUGCGACAGCGACGCUCCACCAAGACCACCUCCGCUCCAGAUGCUGAUCGGCGCAACUACUGUGGGACUGUACAAGGGAAGAAGAAGGAGAAGAUGUCAAAAGUGGGCGAGGAGGGUCGCGGGAAGAGAAAUGCCAUUCGCCUGCACGAAGCAUACACUGUGGAGACGGUGGUGGUGGCGGACUCCGAUAUGGUGCAGUACCAUGGUGCAGAGGCGGCGCAGAGGUUCCUACUGACUGUCAUGAACAUGGUCUACAACAUGUUCCACCACCAGAGUCUGGGAAUCAGGAUCAACAUUCGUGUCACCAAGCUGGUGUUGCUUCACACCCGUCCAGAAAAGCUAAAGGUGGGUCAUCAUGGAGAGAGGUCUCUGGAGAGCUUCUGUCAGUGGCAGUAUCAAGAGUUUGGGGGGCCGCGGUACCUUGGUACCAACCACGUUCCUGGUGGAAGGGAUGACAUCCCACCAGUGGAUACUGCUGUGCUGGUCACCAGGACAGAUUUCUGCGUUCACAAAGACGAACCCUGUGAUACCGUGGGUAUUGCUUAUCUGGGUGGUGUCUGCAGUGCCAAGAGGAAGUGUGUGUUAGCGGAGGACAAUGGACUCAAUCUGGCCUUCACCAUCGCUCACGAGCUGGGACACAACAUGGGAAUGAGCCAUGAUGACGACCACGCCACCUGCACUGGUCACUCUCACAUCAUGUCUGGUGAGUGGGUAAAAGGAAGAAACCCCAGCGACCUGUCGUGGUCCUCCUGCAGCCGCGAUGACCUGGAGAACUUCCUAAGGUCCAAAGCCAGUGCCUGCCUGCUGCACACAGACCCCAGGAGCCGGUACCAGGUCCGGCUUCCUCCAAAGCUGCCAGGCAUGCACUACAGUGUGGAUGAACAGUGCCAGAUCCUGUUUGGAACCAAUGCCACUUUCUGCAAUGACAUGGAGCACCUGAUGUGUGCUGGCCUGUGGUGUUUAGUAGAGGGAGAUGUGUCCUGCAAGACAAAACUGGAUCCUCCUCUGGAUGGAACAGAGUGUGGAGCAGACAAGUGGUGCAGGGCAGGCGAGUGUGUCAGUAAGACUCCCAUCCCUCAGCAUGUGGACGGAGACUGGAGUCCAUGGAGCCAGUGGAGCAUGUGCAGCAGGACCUGCGGUACUGGAGUCCAGUUCAGACAGAGGAAAUGUGACAACCCUCCGCCUGGUCCUGGUGGGAGACACUGUCAGAAGACCAGUGUGGAGCACAAGGCCUGUGAAGGUCUUCCGUGUCCCAAGGGGGCACCCAGCUUCAGAGACCUGCAGUGUUUGUCCUACGACCGACAUGCCAGCAAGAAAAAGGGCAGCAUGCUGACUGCUAUUAUUAAUGACGAGAAGCAGUGUGUGUUGUUUUGCAGCCCGGUGGGUCGAGAUAUCCCGGUCCUGAUGGCUGACAGAGUGAUGGAUGGGACGCCCUGUGGACCAUAUGAGGCCGACCUGUGUGUUAAUGGGAGGUGUCAGAAAAUUGGCUGUGAUGGCAUCAUCGGCUCUUCUGCGAAAGAGGACCGCUGUGGUGUUUGUAAUGGAGACGGGCGCUCCUGCAAGAUAGUGAGAGGAGACUUCAACCACACCAAAGGAAUGGUCACCACUAGGCAGUGUAAGAGGGUAUCUACCUGUGUGAUGGCUAAACCCAGAGCUGUCCCCAAGUGUUUCUCAUGCUACAUCGAGGCUGUGGUUAUCCCCGCGGGAGCCAGGAGGAUCAAAGUUGUGGAGGACAAACCCUCACAUAGCUUUCUGGCCCUGAAAGACUCCGGUGAGAGGUCCAUCAACAGCGACUGGAAGAUCGAGCUUCCAGGAGAGUUUGAGCUGGCCGGGACCACGGUGCGCUAUGUCAGAAGGGGACUGUGGGAGAAGAUGUCUGCCAAGGGACCCACUAAGACCCCCUUACACCUCAUGGUGCUGCUCUUCCAUGACCAGAGCUACGGAAUCCACUAUGAGUACACAGUGUCUCUGAACACGACUCAGGACAGGAGCAGUGAGGAGCAGAAAGAACCAGAGUAUCUCUACAUCUGGACACACAGCAGCUGGCAGGACUGUACUGUCCAAUGCGGAGGAGGUGAGAGGAGGACGGUGGUUUCCUGUAUGAGGAUAGCCAAUAAAACUAUGGAGGUGGUCAACAGUAGCUACUGUCAACCGGAGAACCGACCACACCCCCAAGUACGACCCUGCAACUCUCACCCCUGCCAGUACCGGUGGGUGACAGGAGAGUGGGGAUCCUGCUCCGUCACAUGUGGUAAAGGUCUACAACAGAGGGAGGUGGUUUGUGUUUACCACCUACAGAACGGCUCACUCAUCCACACCAGGGACCUGUACUGCCAAGGAGGGAAACCUCCUCCUCUGCAGGGCUGCGAGGGCCGCCUCUGCCUUACUGUGUGGGAAGCUUCAGAGUGGUCCAAAUGUUCAUCAGACUGUGGUCAAGGUGUUCGUGGAAGGACAGUGACGUGUACAAACCCUCAAGGUCUUUGUGAUCCUCUGUCCCAGCCCACUCAGGAGGAGCCCUGUGAGGACCACUCCAAAUGUUACGAGUGGAAGACUGGAGACUGGUCAAAGUGCUCGUCAUCCUGCGGGAAGGGCCUGCAGUCGCGAGUGGUCCAGUGUAUGCACAAAGUGACUGGUCGUCACGGCAACGACUGCCCGGUGACACUCAGACCACCGACCUACCGACCCUGUCACCAUGGCACCUGCAACGAGAAAAUCAAUGUGAACACCAUCACCUCCCCCAGGCUAGCUGCUCUGACCUACAAAUGCAUGGGGGACCAGUGGACAGUGUACUGUCGCGUGAUCCGAGAGAAGAACCUCUGUCAGGACAUGAGAUGGUACCAGCGCUGCUGUGAAACCUGUAGAGACUUUUAUGCCAAGAAAAUACUGCACAAGAGCUAAUGACCAAAUGCACCUACUUUCCUCCAAAUAGCGCUCCUUUUUGUAAAUGUUUUUUAAUAUUGUUAAAUGUUAUAAGAAAACAAUUUCUAUUAUUGAUGGAACUUUUUUGUAUUUAAGUAAGAAAAUGGCAAGUACACAUUAAGUGUACAUUUUAAAUGGGCUCAUAAGCUUCUAGUUUUGAUGAAGACUUGAAAAUGUCCAAUAUUUCUUUUGCUGUACACCAAAAAAAAAAAAAAAAACUGGGGGAGCCUUUAGAACGCCAUUCAAGGCGGCUUUAUUGCACAGAAUGAUUGAAAAUAAGUGCUUGAUUUUGAAGUAGACUUUCUGGCAGGUCUAUCAGAUGACAUGGGAUUAUGAGUCAGCCAGAGCUUUCCCUCUUCCUUAAUUAUGCUCUCCUUUGUAUCUUUUACUCGGUUGUACUGUAUUAUAGCUAACUGUUGCAAUUUCAAAAAACUAGUAAAUAGGUUUAUACAUAAGUAAAAUGAUGAUACUUAAGUAUUAAUUAAGUAUACCGUAAUAAUGUGUAAGUAUUGAUCAGGAGCCAUGGUAAAAUACUGUAGGUUUACAGUGAAUCGACCAAGCUAAUGAUAGGAGACCCACUGAUCCACAGCUCUGUUUGAGGGCCGUGGAUAGCUCAUGUAGCAGAAAAUGGUGGAAGCAGAAACAUAUUCUCCAAGGGUACAUGGUUGUUUUGUUUCCAGAUACAGUCCAUUGAUGGAUUUAAAAUUUUCUUGCCAACAAUAUUACUCUUUAAGAUUUAUUUAAAUUUUCAUUUAUCAAUUGUGCACCAAAUCUCGUUUUGUUCUGUUAGUCCUGUAAGUAGGUGGAGGUCAGUAUGUGCAGUGAGAACGGACACCUUUCAUUAGCUGUUUCAGUACUCGUCAUGCUGACUACAGGCAUGGUAAAGCCUGCUUACAUUACGCUGUGCCCCAGCCAUGAACACAUGCUUUGCUACAGCAGGGCUGUUGUGAUCCUGCUUGGUAGCAGGACCAACCAGCCAGUGCACAUAAACUAAAAUUAAGUCAUAUAAACAAAUCAAGUAUAAACCUCUUCUAUCUUCUUGUCAUUUCAAGUGUCUCGUAUCUGGAUAAAAUCCUAUGCGUUGCCAAAAUUAAUCUGAUAACUGUCCGUCUUGGUUGUCCUGGCUAUGUGCAAAUCCGGAUCGACUCCAGUCCAGAGGCUGGUGGUAAUGCUUCAGAAACUGCUUGGUAACUGACAAAAAACACCAAAAGAAGAGCUGUUUAGUUACAACAAUAACAGUGAAGCCAGCUAACAACUGUCCAUAGAGUAACACAAACAUGGAUAGAUUGUAAUUAUGAGCUAGACAAAGGUUUUAUUGUAUUCACAGCCUUCAUUCACUCCACUCCCUCACAAACAGAUCACUGCCCACUCACUGGCAUUUUGCUUUUUACCUUCUCACCAAAUCUUCAACAAACUAGUUCAAUAACAACUGAUGGAAAUUGGAAAGCUAAUUGGCUCUAUUUUCAACUUGAGAUGUGACAGUUUGUCGCUUUUAUCUUUUAACAUAUCAUCUGGUUGUCUUUUCAACAUAGAUUAGCCUAGCACAUAGCAUAUCUAAGUACAGGAAAGGAGGAAGUUGACUGAGGCUUACUCAGCUCCUAUUGGAGCAAAAAGGGGCGGGACUUAGGAUGGGGCAAUUGAGAUAAUGAAAGCACUCAUUUAACACCAGGUGUAACUUCAACAGCCCCUUGACAGGAUGUCAUUAUGCAGAUAACAUCCAGAUACAGGUCACUUUCUAAUACCAGAUGGAAACGGGGGUCUUUAUUCUUCAGUGCUCUGAAAGCCUGUUAUAAGCUUGUGCCCUCUGAAAGUAAAAGUCAGGGGGUAAACCAGUAAUAAUUGUUUUUAAAUGGCCAAACAUUGAAUACAUAAUAUCAGCACUAAUUAUCUGUCACCAGCAGCUGCUAUUAAAAAUAUCAUUAUCACCCUGUCGGGCCUGGUCACAUAGUCCUGGAGCUCACAUGCAUCAGUGUGUGUGUUAACAAUAAAGGCCUCAGUCUUUUCCAUGGGGCUGAAUGGUGCUACCUUAUGACCUGUUUCACUAUUGUGGAAUUCAGCUUAUUGUCAGUGAUGGUCCUAUUGUCAUUGUUUGUUCAUAGUUAUUGUUGUUGUAUGUUGUAGGAUUAUUUAAUAACAUGCCUUUUAUUGAUGAGUCUUUUUUUGCCGAUGUAGAGCAAAUAUGCUUAAUUAUUCCCGUACUGUACUUUUUUUUUAGUUGCACAUACAGUAUGUUUGGUACAUAAACUGCCACUAAAUGUAUUUCAUGGUGCUGAUUUGGAGUAAAUAAUUUGUUUAUACAGGGAUUUAACCAUUUGUCUGUUGUUCUGUGUAGUCACACUAUAUUUGUACUGUCAUCCACUUUGUGUUCAAUAUUCAUCAGACCAUUCUGAGCAAACACCUGGAUGAUUGGAUCAAAUUCUAUUUCAAGUCUACUGUAAAGUGAUCUCUUUUAUUUUGUUACAUAAUAAAUAAUGUGAUUUUACAUGGAAAACAAAACCUGUAUGACCCGCUAUUAAGGUAUGUGGAUUUACCAUUAAACCAGAAUGCAGACUG